AAAGUGAAUUUAAUCACAAUUGUAAUGAUCAUAAUGGUUAUUACAACGAGAAAAAAAAACGAGAACAAUUUAAAUUUAUAGCUAAUUGUAACUGUGAUCAAUGAGCCUGUUGAUGAUGAUGAUGAAGAUAAUCAUCUUUCUUGCUCAUUGACUUAAGAUCAGUUAAUGAAAUAUGAUUACAAUUGCGAUUAACAAUCUUAAUUGUGUCUCGAGACUCAAGGAGGAAAAUGAGAGGACCAAGUUAAUUGUUGAUCUCGUGUUCAUAUGUUUCUAAAAUUAUGACAAUCAAGGUAGAGAAAAAAAGAGAAUAGAGAAGAUGAUCUUCCAUGAAGUAAGAUGAUGAUGAAGACGAGGAUGAGGAUGAAGAUGAAGAUGAGGAUGAGGAUGAGGAAGAUGAAGUUCGUUUAAAAAUUGUAGCCAAAACAAUUUAAAAAACUUUCGGCUCACUUUCGUUAUCAUCUUUUCUCAUCAUCUCUUCAUCAAAGAUGCUCUUUGUUUUCAUCUUUUCGCUCUCAUCAUCAUCAUCAUCUUCACUUGUCUUCCUCUCUCAGAAACUUUGGUAAAAGGUUCUGAUUAGAACAUAAAUUGUCUUCGAACUAAAAAGUUGAUGUUUCACAAUUUCGAUCUUUUUCUCCUUUAGUGUUACCAUGAAAUCUCAAUCUGAUUUAGAAUCUUCAUCUUCAUCAUCUAUUAAUUGUUCUGUUAAUCAUUCGGUUAGUUCAGCUUCAAGUUCGAAUAGUUCUAGUUCUAAAAGACUACUUCGAACUCCAAAAUGUGCUCGAUGUCGAAACCAUGGUGUCGUUUCUUGUCUCAAAGGCCACAAAAAGUAUUGCCGUUGGCGAGAAUGUAAUUGCCCCAAUUGUUUACUUGUACUCGAACGGCAAAAAGUAAUGGCCGCUCAAGUGGCCUUACGAAGACAUCAAGUUUCUCGACAAUCAACUGAUCGGUUUAAUUGUGAUCUAAUUAGAUCGAGCAAUUAUAAUUCUAAUCAUCGGUCACGUUUUGAACAAUUUAAAGGAUCGAGGAAAACAACCCAAUUAACUGAGGAAACUUUAAUUAAACAGAAAAAGUCUUACCAGCGACAAUUAAGAUCACUUCAACGAUUGUUAAGAAAUGAAAUGUUAAAUCAAAAGCGACAACAACAAUUAACUCAAUCAUCAAUUGUGAUCAAUGAUGAAAAGGAUAAUCAUUACAAUGAAUCAAUGAGAUCGUUAAUUAGACGGAGAAAAUGUUUCAUAAAUGAUUUAAAAGAUUCAGUUACAAUUGAUUAUCAACAACAACAACAACAAUUAACUAAUUGUUUCCAACUAAGUAAUUCACUUUCAACAACAACGACAGCAGAAUUGACAGUUAACAACAACAAUUUAAUCUCUAAUUCGGUUCCAUCUACUACCAUACCUAAUCUUAAUAGUUGCUUAAAUAAUCACUUCAAUUUAAACGAAAUUAAAUCAUCAUUAGUUAAUUGUUGUGGUAAAAGUUCAAUUGAAACGAAAAGGAUUCAACCUAUUGGAUUAUAUGUUUCAAAGAAAUUUAGCUCAUUUACUGUAAAUGAUAUUCUUAAUUGUUAACCUGUUAAUUUGUAAAAUCUUCAAAAUGUUUCAUUUAAAUUGUCAGUUGAAAAAAAAGUAAUUAAAUUGAUUGACAAAAAAAUUUGAUUAUCUCUUUAAAAGUUACUUAAUAUCCCAAGAGAUGGCGCCACUUACCUCGAAAAGAAAAAAAAUGUAACAUCUAUUCGGACGCACCAGAUGGCGUAAGUGUCUAUUCUCAGCUGAAUUUCAAUUUUGUUGGAAAUUUUUUCUUGAUUAAUUUGGUUAAUUUGUUAAUAUUUAAGUUAAUUAGUAAAUCUAAUUACAAUUAAUUAAAUUAUCUCUUUCGCUUGCUUAGUUUCCACUGAUAGACUAUUGUCAGUUUAUUCAAGUAAGAAGGUCAAAGGUUCACUUUACCAUGGAAUCUAGUUGAUAGGAUUUGGAAUAAUUUGGAGGUCAUUUCUAUCAUUCACUUAUCUUCCCAUGUUGUUGGUUCAACUAACCCUAUCCCAGAGCUUUGAUUAAGGAAUUUUCUUGUCUAUUGAAAAGCAAAAGUAAAGUUAAUUAAAGAUGUUGUUAACUCUAAAUCUGUACCAACCAUCAUCAUCAACAACAAACAGUAUAUCGGAAGAGUGGAAAGAUAGGGAGAAAGAAGAAAAUUCUGACAUUCAUUUCUACAAUAAUUCAAUGGAAAGAACAAAAAAGAAUCUCACCAAUCUUCACCACCCAAAGAAUAGGAAAAAGUAAAUUCAAGUCAAAGGAGAGCUAAAAGAAAAGAACAAAAAAAAAGAGCAAACUACAAACUAAUCAGUUGAAGCAAAAAGCAAAGAACAAGCUUAUGGAUGAUAAAGAUGAAGGAGAAAAAAGAGACACACAGAGAGAGAAAAGGAGAAUCAUAAAGAAGAAACGAGGAGGAAGAAAAAAAAACAGUUUCCAUGAAGGAAAAUGAACACGAAGGAGGAAAAAAAAGUCCGCCAUUUUAUGGAAUCGAAGAAAAUGAGAAAGGAUGAAGAUGGAAAAAGAAGCAGAAAAGGAGGUGGAAGUAGCAGCGGUGGUGGUGGGUGAAGAUGAAGAAAACAGAGGACAGAGAAAGAGAGUGGAUGAGGAUGAGCAGGAGGUGGAAGAUGAGAGUGAGUAAACAUGAGAGAGAGAGAGAGUAAAAUGAAUGUUGAGUCUGGAUAAAAGUUUUUCAGAUAAUAAUAAUAGUAAUAUUAUUAUCCUAUUGGGAUCUAUUAGAGAAAAAGAGAGAGAGAGAGAGAGAGAGAGAGAGAGAGAUGAGAAUGAUGAGGAUGAAAAAGAUGAAGAAAAAAAAACAGCAACAGAACAAAAAAUAAUCUGUAAUAGUUUGUAAAUAUCAGAAUGAUCCUGAAAAAAGAAGAGCCCAAGAAGAUGAUCACAAUUAAGGAGACAAAUCAAACCUACAAUUGGAAUACAGAUUCACUCACCAAUUCAACUAAUCACUAGAAAGUCAAAAAUGAUGUUGAUCAAAUUGUUCAUUCAUCAAAACAUCUCAAUCACACUAAUCACUAAUCAUUAUCUUCCAUUUAAUAAUGAAGUGUUAAUUUGCUUCAAUGAUAAUCUAUUCCCUAUUAACAAUUAACAUUACAAAUUCAUAAUUAACAUUGAAAGAAACACGAAGAAAAAAUUUUCUCUUGUUGCUUUUCAUCAUCAUUAUUAUUAUUAUUACAUAUUCUAAUUGUUGAUGAAAGAAAAUAAUUAAGUUAAUUACCUUUUCAUCAAAUGUGAUCUAUUUGGUAUUAUUAAUUAUAAUUUAAUUUGAUGAACAUAUUGAGUUUAUCAUCAGAUUAUUUUAAACUGCUGUUAAUUAUGUUCAUUGUUAUAAAUAUACAAGUUGAGUUGUAUUAAUAUACUAAUACAAUUAAGAUGAUUAACUUGACCUGUCAUUUAAUUUAUCAACAUGAUCAAAGUUAAAUACUAUGAUGAUGAUGAUGAUGAUGAUGUUGAUUGUUGUUGAUCAAUCUACAGAUUGAUUGAAACAAUAGACAUUAAAACCAGUUGUUAAUUGUUAUCAUGAUAAUUGGUUGAAGAAACAAAAAACAGUAUCGUUCAGUUAAUUAUGUUUAAUUGUGUGUAUUUCCCUUAUUAAUGAUAAUUAAACAAGAAACAAAUCAAUCAAUUGUAAUCAUAAACUGUUAACUACGUAGAAACGGCACCAACAGUGUUAGUUAAUUGUUCCCAAAGCUGUAACAACAAUUAGUAGAAAUGAACAAUUAAAACCAUAGAUAAACAAGGUAAAGAAUAUGAUAUGAAAUUAGCUGAAGAAAACGAGAUGAAAUCUUCCAACAAUUAACUAAAUUGUUACAAUUAGAAAGUUUGAAAGAGAAACGAUCAAGAGAAUUGAAAACUUUUAGAGAAAAAAAUUUCUUCUUUUCUAACAAUUGAAUUCCAAUUGUAUUGAGAAAUCAAUUGAUUCUUAAAUUGUUCAAUGGUGAUGAUGA